UAACAGUAGAAGAAGAGAAAGAAGACAAGUACAAGCUUUGUAUCUUCGACUGAUGUGAUUUUGUUGUGGAUUAUCUGUCUUCGUUAUCAUUAGCUAGCAGUGCUGCCAAAUAUGCCGACUGGCAGCCGGCAUAUUUUGGUUUUCUGAGGUGUAUAAACGCUCUCUAUUGUCCUCAUUUGUAAAGUCUAAGCGGAAAUGUUAAGCGUGGAGUCAUUGCAAGUGGCUGAGGAGGAGGUGGUUGAAUCCAGCUCCAACAAACUCGGUGACAUUUACACUUUUGUGGCUAAAGGCUGCUUUCCUCAGACGAUCAAUCCUUUACGGAAGAAGAACCUCAAAAGAUACGCACAGAAAUUUAUCAUUGAUGAGGGUAAGUUGUACUAUGUGGGACCCAAGAAAGAUGAGAAGAGGGAGGUGGUGAUCGAGGCUGAAAGGAAGAGGCAGAUUUUUCUAGACUGCCAUUUCAAUGACAUCGGUCAUCACCUGGGCCAAAAGAAGACUGUCCACAGGAUCCAGAGCAAGUACUACUGGCUGGGGAUCAUCAAGGACGUUGUGGAUUGGAUAAAAGUAUGUGAGACGUGUCAGCUCACAGAGAGGAAUAAAAACCUGGCGAGGACAGUCCGGCCUAUAAAAGUGGAAGCACCUUGGGAUAUUGUUGGGAUUGACCUAAUAGGGCCUUUCCCAGAGACACAGCAAGGCAACACCAAUGUUAUAGUCCUCAUUGAUUACUUCAGUAAAUGGCCAGAAGCUUUUCCAGUGCAAAAGACAGAUGCUCUCUCUGUUGCGAGAUGUAUUUCCAAAUGCAUAUACAGGUUUGGUGCCCCUAAAACGAUAGUAUGUACGCAGAAUGCUGACUUCUGUGAUGAGGUGACAAAACUGCUGUGCGACAGAUGGAGCAUCAUGCAGAAGGUGUCUCCUCUGGAUCAGCCUCAGCUCAACCCGCUUCACGACUGCACGAGUCCUUUGCUGAAGGAAGCCAUAGUGCAGAUGGUAACGGAGAAGCAGGCCGAAUGGGACGACUUCCUAGACCCUGUGCUGUUCCUGUUCAGGACAUCCACCAACCCUACGACCAAGUUCAGCCCUUACUCCCUCAUGUUCAGCAGGAAAGCUAAUUUACCAAAUGAGACUACUUUGAGCCUACUGAAUUAUGACGACCAGGAGCAGGAUAUGUAUUCCACAAAGGAGAAGGCCUCAACGUAUAUAACCAUAAUGCAGGAGCAGCAGAACUCUGUGAAGCAGCUGGUGAUCGCCAAUAUGAAUGCAGCCUACAAACAAGAGAAGAAGAAGAACGCCAAACGCAGGACCCAUAACAUGCCCUCGAUGACCUUUAAAAUGGCAGAUCCUCUGUUCGGUGCAGGGGACUCCCCCUCCCCAAAAAAACUAAAAGACAGUUUGUAUUUAUCUUUUCCUGUUGAGACAGUGCUGGCCACUGAGCAAAGCAGCUCAGAGGACAUGAAGACUGAGUUAGAGUAUCACUUGGCUGACUCUGAUGUCCACUGAGGAGGACUGUUUGGAAGAGGUGGAUCAGUGGAGCAGGACUACAUGUUGUCAUGAGCCUCCUGACGUCUUAGAGAGAAGAUGGAAAUCCAGAUGUUGGUGAAACGAGUGUGAUGAUUUGUGUUACUAAUGCUAAUACUGGUUGAACACAAUCUUGGUUGGUGUUUCACUCGUAGAUGAAUCUGGCAUUUAGAAGAAGAAUCCACUGGCCAAAGUAAUAUCAGUAAACUUUGACCCACAUGAAUUAUUGAGCUUUUUGUUCUGUUUCCCUUUAAAAAACAACCAAAACAUUUCCCUUGAAAUGAUAUUAACUUAUUCUUUUUUUCCACUGUGUCAAGCAAUAGAUUUUUAAACAACAAUGCUUAAAAUUAAAGGUAUUGUUUCAUU